CAAUUUGUCAAUUGCAUCAACUCAUUCACUGUGGACGCGAGCGCAGUAGACAAGGCAGGGGACGGUACGGUUGAGCCGACCAUUACGGGCCCGUCGGGCAAGAAAGUCAACUCUCACGUCAAGAAUAAUAACGACGGCACGUAUAAAGUGAACUACAUUUUACCCGACGAGGGUGAAUACAAAUUUGACGUGAAGUUUGAUGGCUCACCCAUACCGGGCGCCUCUCCCGUAGCCGUGAAGGCCACACAUGGAGCCGAUCCUAAGCGCGUCAAAGUGUACGGACCGGGCAUUGAGAAGGGAUUCCUUAACCAACCAAAUCAGUUCACUAUUGAGACAAUUAAUGCCGGCAACGGAGGCAUUGGGCUGUCGGUUGAGGGACCCACCGAAGCAAAGGUCACCUGUCGUGACAAUAGGGACGGCACAUGUCUUGUCGAGUAUAUACCCAAUGAGGGAGGCGUCUAUGAUGUGGCCAUUAAAUUUGCCGAUGAAAAUGUGCCAGGAAGUGUAUUCAAAGUGCCGGUACAGAGCGAAGUGGACGCCACCAAAGUGACGGCUACCGGUGCGGGCGUUGACCCAAACAAUUGUCGUGCGGCCGCAUCACUGCCUUUCAAAGUGAACGCCAAACGCUCGGCCAAAGCGCCGCUCGCCGUAGAGGUCAUCUCAGAUAAGGGACCCAUCGCUCAGAAGCCAGAGAUUGUGGAUAACAAAGACGGCACGUAUGACGUGUUGUACGUCCCGCCGCCCGAAGGCAGCAAAUGCGAUGUCAAAGUGACGUAUGGGGGCAAAGAUAUUCAGGGCAGUCCAUUUAAAAUGAAAGUGAAGAAGAAGUCUGAGCCGAAGAAUGUAAAGCUUUCGGGUCCGGGACUGGACAAGAAGGUGACGGCGAGUUUGUCC